UGCGCGAUCGUGGUGUCUCUGUGUUCGAAAGUGUUUCCAAUCGUCCUGCUCGGUCUUUGAAGUCGGACGACGCGAAGCCCUCGAAUUUUCGGAUCUUCGGAUCUUCCGAUUCUCCGGUUUGCGGGUUUUAGAAUUUUCGAAUUUUCGAAUUUUCGAAUUUUCGGAUUUUCGAAUUUUCGAAUUUUCGUAUUUCGUGUUUUCGAGUUUUUGUGUUCUCGUGUUUUCGGUGUUUCGCACUUUAGGAUUUUCGAAACUUCGGAAUCCCUCCGUUUCUUUUCCCGUCCCUCCGGCGAGGGACGGACCUUUCGCGCCUUUUCGCGAGAUCGAAUUUUACCAACCAUAUCGCGAUUCGCGAGCGUUGAUAUUCCACAGCCGAGCGAAGUGUCCCGAAUCGUGAACGUCGCGACGACCGCUCGUUAACUAGUACAGUGAACGACGUAAUCCGGCCGACGUUUUGCGAGUCGACCGCGGGACAUUUCUGGGAACCUCGCGGUUCCGGUCGGUAUGGAAGAGCCGAGGAGAGAGGAAGAAGAGAACGUACCCCAGAGAAAGGAAGUCCAGGAAGGAGCCAGGAGGGAGAAGAAGGGACGUCCUGGCCAGGGCUCCUCGGUGGAUGGCAAGCAUUUGGACGACCCCCCGAAGGAGCUGAAGGACGAGGACGAGGAGCCGGCGUAUGCCGUCCUUGUCGUGCGAGAGGAUCCUCGGAGGAAGGACCCUAUCCUUGCUCGAGGUGGGGACCCUGUCCUUACUCAGAGGAAGGACUCCGUCCUUCCUCGGCGAAAGGACCCCGUCCUUACUCGAAGGAAGGACCCAAUCCUUCCUCGGAGGAAGGACGAGGACGAGGAGCCGGAGUAUGCCGUCCUUGUCUUCCGGGAGGAUCCUCGGAGAAAGGACCCCACCCUUACUCGACGCGAGGACCUUGUCAAUCCUUUGCAAGAAGACCCUGGCCUCAAACGACGGAAGGACCCUGUCCUUCCUCUGCGAGAAGACUCCGAUCAACGGGAGGACCUCGUCCUCGAUGGAUGCAAGGACCCCGUCCUUACUCUACGUGAGGAUCCCGUCCUUACUCCAUGCGAGGACUCCAUCCUCCCUCGACAGGAGGACUCUGCCCUCACUCUUCGGAAGGAUCCCGUCCUUACUCUUCGAGAUGACCCCGUCCUUACCUCGCAAGACGCCGAGGACUCGCCCGCGCCCGAGGACGGGGCUCGGGCGCAGGAUGCGAGUGCCAACAUUUAUGACGAAGGCGCCUUCGAGGAGGAUUUCAUGUACUGGUCCAGGACGCGCGUUACCGUGAUCUCGUCGGAACGCGAGGAGACCCGGGAUACGUUUAUGACGUGCUGCCUGAGAAUCACCGAUUGGUUCCCGAAGAUGUGCUCCUGCCUUGAUACCGGAAACAACGCGCCCGGAAACCGCUCCGGACGUGCCGGCAGCUACGAGCGACUCAGUUCCGGUCCCACGAUCUUCGAGCUGGGGUCCAUGAUGCAGAGGGUCAGACGUCGAGGACACCUCGAGGAAGAGGCCCUGGACAGCGAGAGGCAGGAGGAGCUUCGCUUCUACAACGACGACCUCUCCUGGACCACCGUCAUCGUGGAGAGGAAUCUUCGCACCAUAGACCUCUGCGAGAUCCUCAAAGUGAAGAGGAACGCGUCCGGCAUCGCCUGGUCGGUCGUGGAAACUUGGCCUGAGCUUGGAAUCGAGCGCACUUUGGAGGAUCACGAGGACAUUCUGGCUGCUCAUAGAGAAAUGGAGACUUUUGCGUCACAUCACGAAAGGAAGUUCUUCUUCCGCGAGGACUUCUUGAAGUACGAGUUCUUUAUCAACCCAAAGCAAUUCUUCCCCACGGACAUGGUCGCCUUCCCCAACGACGAAGACCGGGGAGCCAUCAGCGAGGUCGAAAGCGCUCUCAGGGCCUACUUGGCGCGCGACGAUGGCGAGUGCCCCCAAGUGUUCAGCACCGUUUGGAUGCGCGAUGAAGAGUCCAAUUCCUGGCGCAAGACUUACAUGCUGCUGCAGGGUCGCAAGCUCUACUCGGCGAAGAAGAACACCUCGGGCUCGAAGUUUUUGCGAGCACGAUUUUCGUCAAAGUCACCUCUCAACAGGCAAAGAACACUGUCACCGGUACCUUCUACCUCGUCUUCGGUCUCGUCGCCGUCGAGGCAUCGGCUUCCUAAUCCGGGAGUUGGCACGAUCUCCAAGCGGUCACCG